CACCUCAAACUACCACAUUCUCUCGAUCAUUCAAAGGUUAAGGGUUCAUCAGCGAGCUCAUAGCCUAGCUAAUCCAUCGAGAUGGAGGCACUCAACGCCAUUUUCAGCAACAAAAUCCGACUCUCCUUAUGCCUUUUCGGCCUUUGCCUUCUAUUGGCUUCAUCGACAAUGUGUUCGGCAGAGCCCAAAACUCACCAGCAUGAGUUUGUUAUUCAAGCAACUAAAGUGAAGAGGCUGUGCAAAACCCACAACUCCAUCACAGUAAAUGGACAGUACCCUGGACCAACCUUGGAAGCAAACAAUGGUGACACUCUUUUCAUCAAAGUUACAAACAAAGCUCGAUACAAUGUCACUAUUCACUGGCAUGGGAUUAGGCAGAUUAGAACUGGAUGGGCAGAUGGGCCUGAAUUUGUGACUCAGUGCCCGAUUAGGCCAGGAGGAAGCUAUACCUACCGAUUUACAAUUCAAGGGCAAGAAGGUACUCUCUGGUGGCAUGCUCACAGCUCAUGGCUUAGAGCCACCGUUUACGGCGCACUCAUCAUUCAUCCUAAACAAGGAGACUCCUACCCCUUCACUAAACCGAAACGCGAAACAACCCUUCUUCUCGGUGAAUGGUGGGACGCUAACCCUAUCGAUGUUAUAAGGCAGGCUACUAGGACAGGAGGAGCUCCAAAUGUUUCUGAUGCAUACACCAUCAAUGGUCAACCUGGUGAUCUUUACAAUUGCUCAAGCAAAGACACUGUCAUAGUUCCUAUAGACUCCGGCGAGACCAACCUUCUUAGAGUCAUCAAUGCUGGCCUCAACCAACCUCUUUUCUUCUCUGUGGCCAACCACAAACUCACUGUUGUUAGUGCUGAUGCCUCCUAUACCAAACCUUUCACUACCACGGUACUCAUGCUAGGCCCUGGGCAGACCACCGAUGUUUUAAUCACGGGUGACCAGCCACCGGCCCGGUACUACUUGGCGGCAAGUGCUUAUUUCAGCGCGCAAAAUGCAGCAUUCGGCAACACCACCACCACCGCCAUUCUUGAAUACAAGUCUGCCCCUUGCAGCCCUAGUUGCAAAAACGGUCCAACAGCUAAACCGAUUAUGCCACAACUCCCUGCUUUCAAUGACACAAACACUGCUUCUGCUUUCACCAAGAGUUUCAGAAGUCCAAGAAAAGUUGAAGUCCCAACUGAAAUCGACGAAAACCUCUUCUUCACUAUCGGUCUUGGACUCAACAAUUGCCCUAAACAUUUCAGAGCCAGAAGGUGCCAAGGCCCAAACGGGACACGCUUCACUGCCAGCAUGAACAAUGUGUCCUUCGUGCUUCCAAAUAACAUGUCAAUCCUUCAGGCUUACCAACAAAACAUCCCUGGAGUUUUCACCAAUGAUUUUCCAGCAAACCCUCCGAAGAAAUUCGACUACACGGGCAAUGUGAGCAGUUCUCUAUGGCAGCCUUUGUCGGGCACUAGAGGAUACAACUUGAAGUAUGGAUCAAGGGUGCAGGUUGUGCUGCAGGACACAAGCAUCGUCACACCCGAAAACCAUCCUAUCCAUCUUCACGGAUACGAUUUUUACAUCCUUGCCGAAGGUUUUGGAAAUUUCAAUGCCAAGACCGAUACCAAAAAGUUCAACCUUGUUGAUCCACCUAUGAGGAACACAGUGGCAGUGCCUGCGAAUGGAUGGGCAGUUAUCCGAUUCGUCGCUGACAAUCCAGGUGCAUGGAUAAUGCAUUGUCACUUGGAUGUUCACAUCAACUGGGGUUUGGCCAUGGUGUUCUUGGUGGACAAUGGAGUUGGGGAACUGCAAACGAUCGAGCCACCACCGGCGGAUCUGCCUGUGUGUUAAGAAUCUUAAGAUUGUAUCCACAGCAACUUUUGUAAAAACCCGGUUACCGGGUUUUCAUUUUUCCCUUAUUUCAGUUGUAUGAUUUUACAUUGUUGUCUUGAGUUCCCCUGCAUUUGGGGGCCUAGUUCUUGCUCUGUUUUAUUGUUCUUUUUUUAUACAUCAAAGCCGAUGUAGAGGAUGUGGUGCUAGGAUUUCAAAAACUGAGCUCACCAUCUGAUUUAGUCAUAGAUAGACAUGCUUUCAUUGAUUCAUAGAUUGUUUUGUACUUUUAAGCAACGUGUUAAAGAAAUCUUAUGGUUUAAUGAAAUCAUCUUUUUCUUGUUA